GGACGGUGCAUGAGGGGUUUUCCUUCUCCUCCCAGAGCCCUGGCUCUGCGGGAUGGGUCUGAGCUCCUCCAAGGCGCACCCCAAGGUGACCAGGGUGGCCCCAGUGCCGGCCCAGGGGGAUGUGGCCACUCUGAGUGCCCUGCAGGGGCUCCCCAGAGAGCCAGGACAGCCCAGCCCACACCCCCCAGUGCCCAUCUUCCACCUGGAGCUUCCACCUCUGCGGGAGACCUGGUACGGGAGAGCCUGUGCAGGGCCCCUCUCUCUGAACACCUUGCCAGGAAAGGACGGGACCAGCAUCAUCAAGCAGCACCCACCCCGAAGGCCCCAGAGGCUUGAACCUGCCAUCCUUUCACAAGCAAUCACUCCUGCAGAGCCCUGGAGUCAGCGAGAAGUGGCUGCAAGCCCAAAACCAAAGGUGCUGGAGAAGAGGGGGCAAAGCCUGAAUGCCCUCCCUGGCAGGAGGCAGCACUUGCACAAGCUUCAGAUGCUGGAUCUGACCCGCAAGAGACGAGAGGCGGAGCUGGAGCGGAAUCUCCACAGGGAGGCGAAAAUCAAUGAGCAAAAAAUCAAGGAAUUCAGCCCCAAGGAUGUCCUUGACACUCCCCAGAGAGGGGACAGUGCCAGAAGCCCAGACCCUGUGCCUGCUGAGCACAAUCAGCAUUUCCCUGAAGAUGACCCUGGAAACACGUGGGGUGGAGGACUCUGCAGGCAGCCUGGCAGGGCUGAGCUGUCCCCAGGCAGGAAGGGGAAGGUUGACCUGUGGUUCUGCAGGGAGCCACGGACCAGGGAUGUGUUCUGGGACUCCUCCAGCACAGGGUCAGAGGAGGGGGAGAGGGAAGAGAAGAUUCACCGCAAACCCACGCUCGUGAGGACCAGGACAGAGAGAAUUUCCCUGUUUGAUGACUUCUUUGACAGGGAUUUCUAGUGGCAUGGCUUGGGGUGUGCCAAGGGAAGAAGUCCCAGCUCUGGAGGGGCUGGAACCCUCCCAGGUGGAUGGGCUGAGGUUGGAGAUGUGCUGGCUGUAAAUGGAAUUUCUGUGAGUAUGGGAAUUUCAGUGGAAAGGACAAACGAGGAGCUUGCUGGUGUGGGGUGAAUAAAAACUCUCAGAAUCAAAA